AUGGCGGAAAACACUCGGAGACUCACAGUAGGUUACGCACUCGCUCCCAAGAAGCAGAAGAGCUUCAUCCAGCCCUCGCUCGUCGACCUCUCACGCAAGCGGGGCGUAGAUCUCGUUCCCAUCGACACCACUCGGCCGCUCGCCGAACAGGGACCCUUUGAUUGCGUGCUCCACAAGCUCCACGGCGAGGACUGGAAGGCCCAGCUUGACGGUUUCGCCACCAAGAACCCUGGCGUCCCCAUCGUCGACCCUCCCCUCGCCAUCACGCGCCUCCACAACCGCAUCUCGAUGCUCCAGGUCGUCUCCGAGCUGGACAUCGUCAAUGUAACCUCAGAGUAUACACUUGUAAUUGUCCAGAAGACGCAUCCAAUGGUCGGAUCAUCGUCAAGGCAUCAUUCAACUGUCUCCGUAUCUUCUGUCACCUUGCGGUGA